AUGCUCAAGUAUCAGAAGUGGCUCCGUGCCUUCGUUGUGCUGGUCACACUGUGGCUGCUACUUGUGUGGUAUGUGUCUGAUAAUGUACAAAAUCAGAUUGUUCUUCAUGUAGUGAAGGGACUUCCCGUGUACGCGAUUGGAUCCUUUGGUGUGUACUCGUUGGUGGUGAUUGUGCUGUCGGUUAUGGCGGUGCAAGACUUCCCUGAAGCUGCCAAAGAGCUCGACUGUCACGUAAUUGAAGCAAAAGCUGAUCUUGUCAAGAAGGGGUUCAAGUUUUGA